AUGAUCCAGCUCAACAAGCCGACCGAGUGCGAGUCGCACGAUGCACAGACUCUGCAUGUACGGUUGGUCAAGGUUGCGGCGGCGCGCACUGGUGCAGAAUCUCGUACCUGUCCCACGCCGACGCCGCAGACGUUCUUCGGCGAACCCUGCUCGGUACCCCUAUGGACUUUUGCCGCUCCCGUUCACGUUCCUGACCCAGUCCGCCUUCGGUCUUACCAAGGAACGAUAGACGGAUGGACUGGCCGAGAUGAGAUCGGAGUGUAUCAGGCCCGGCCUCGCUGGAAACGGCUGCAUUACGCUGCACACACAAGAUCGUACUCAUGA